GCAGCGCGGCGGCCGUUGAAGGGAAGCAGGUAAUGGCGUCGGCGAUAGGUGUGCUACUACGAAUACCUCGACUUGAUACGCAGUACGGAGAGGGAUUGCAGGUAGUAGGUAGGCAUCGACGAUGCGAGAGUGUGUCAAGGAGACGACGACAGGCGGCUGCGUGUGGUGGCUUCGGCGCGGGACCGGUUGACAGCAGGGAGUGCCGAGUUGCCCGGAGAAGCAGGAAAAGAGCUCGAGGGGCGACAGGAGGUGGUAAUCAAACGGAGGAUGGCUGAUCCUUUUUCGAUGCGGGAGGGCGGCGAGGAUCUCCAAGGCUUAUGAAACAGAGUUGCUGCCACUCGCGGGUCAAUGACACCCAAAACACACUGUUGUAGCCGUUUGAUGUCGGGGGAGCUCACCGAGUCCGGGGGUGGGCAUGUAGACAGACCACCACACUGGGAGAGGGACGAAGGGUCGAUUGAAAUGGAGACGACGGCGAGGGAUGAAGAUAAAGAAGAGGAAGAGAUGACUAGAGAGAGACAGAGAGAGGAAAUAGAAACGGGUUACGGGAUGGGGGAAAAGGAGGCAGUCGACAACUUGUUUUCUUCUUGCCGCCUCCUGCCUCGUUGGGGCAAAGAUGCCCACCAGAUCCAGAUCGUGCUUUCCAUCUCAGCCAACGGGAACGAACACACCAGCUGCAUCGCUCGCUAUGCCAUGCGCGAUUCGCGAGUCGAUUCCGCCAGAAGCUCACCAAUGCACUCAUGCAUCAAUCAAUCUAGCAAUCAACUAACAAGGACAGACAUACAUACAUACAUUCAUCCAUUAGCCCCUGCGCGCUGCUGCCACAGCCGCAGCCCCGUGCCGCAGUCCCAUCCAACCGCCGUGGCGACAUCUGACAGGUCUCCCGCGGUCUUCGAACGUGUACUAUAAGUGGACUAGGAUGGAGGCGCCCCUUGGAACGGGAGAGACGCGGGAUUGGUCCGGGGGGGGGGGGAGAGACGACUUUCUGACCUCUUCCAGCUCCGUGGUUGACUCGAUGAAAGGGGGAAGAUAAAAGA